UAAAGCGUACGUUUAACCGUGAAGGGUUGAUCCCUAUUUAUACAGCUAGGUUAUGGAACUCUUUCUUGGUAGGAAAGUAAUUAAGAACCGACCUAGAAGCUUCCAGAGGCCAGUUGGACCUUUCACCAAAUUUGGGCCGGCCCAGUUAUGGGCCGUACUACUUUGUACUCAAUCAGUAUACUAAUCUAUAUAUUAUAUAAACAGACAAGCAUGUUUCAGGUUUUUUACAAUGACGAGAUGCAUAAUUUUACUUCUGCAACCUAAACAAAAGGUCUUUUUCACCUACCAAUAUAACUACCAUUUCUUUCAUAUUUCGCGGCAAUCACUGAAAUGGCCGAGUCCAUUGUGUCGUUUCUUGUGGAAUCCAUCGGCAAAUUGUUGAUGGAAGAAGGGAAAUUCUUAACUGGGGUGAGCCAAGAAGCCGGGCGCCUUCAUUCAGAGCUUAAAAUGAUCACAGCAUUCCUGAAAGAUGCUGAUGUAAGGCCACAUGAAAAUGUAGGUGCCCUGGUGAAGGAGUGCGUUUCACAGUGUAAAGAUGUAGCUUAUGAAGCAGAAAACAUCUUGGAAGAUUAUGCUUUCAGGCUUGCAUCAAGAACCGGUGAAAAAGGUACCAUUUCUGUCUUGAAACGCCUUGCUGGCAUCUUAAACGAAUGCUACAUUCGUCAUAAAGUUGGGUUGCAGAUUCAGAGUCUUAAUUCUAGAAUCUCUGACCUAACAAGAAAGUUUCAAGAAUACGGCGUAAAGGCUGUAGCUGAAAAAGGGGAAUCAUCAGGAUCCAGUCGUUCUAGGCUACUACAACAAAGGAGGAUGACUUAUUCCAGUGUCGCUGAGGAUGAAGACUUUGUCGGAUUCAGACACGACGUCGAGACACUGGUAGAGAAAUUGAUGAAGGGAGAUGAUGUGUCUGGUCAGUACGGAGUUGUUUCGAUUAAUGGAAUGGGAGGUUGCGGGAAGACCACCCUUGCGAGGAAAGUAUACAAUCAUCCUUCUGUGAAGGGUCAUUUUGAUGCCAAGGCAUGGGUUUGUAUAUCCCAACAAUGGCAAACAAGAAACUUGUUGCAAGGGAUUUUGGUCAGUUUCCUUCCGGACAGAAGGCAAGAAAUCGAUAGGUGGAGUGACAAUGAGAUAGUUGGAGAACUGCUUCGAUUCCAGAAGGAUAAGAAGUGCUUGGUAGUUCUUGAUGACAUUUGGUCGAUUGAUGCUUGGGAGAGCAUCGAAGCUGCGUUUCCACUCAGAAAAGAAGGCAACAAAAUAUUGAUCACAACCCGAAAUGAAAAUGUGGCCAAGCACAUUGGUCCACAUGGUUACCACCAUAAGCCAAGAUUGUUGAGCGAGGAUGAAGGCUGGGAGCUCCUUCAGAAAAAAGCACUAAACCAUGAACUCGCAACAGGUUAUGGUGACAUCUAUAAGCUAGAGGCAUUAGGGAGAGAAAUGGUUAGACUUUGUGGUAGGCUUCCUUUAGCUGUGGUAGUGCUGGGUGGAAUCCUGGCAACAAAAGAGAGCUCCUUCCAUGAAUGGAACUCGGUUUCUCGAAACAUAAAGGUUUACUUAGGGAAAGGAGAGAGUAUUAUUCAACAACAACAAGGGGAGGGAAAAGUUGGAGAGAUUCUGGCUUUGAGUUACUAUGACUUGCCCUACAACUUGAAGCCUUGUUUUCUUUACUUGAGUGGGUUCCGGGAAGAUGAGGAUAUUGAUGUGUUGAGAUUGUACCAUCUGUGGAUUGCGGAAGGAAUGGUGCUGGAAAAGGAUAGAGUAAGGGAAGAAGAAACAAUGAUAGAUGUUGCCGAACGAUAUUUGGAGGAGCUAGCCAAAAGAUGCAUUGUCCAGGUGAAAAGUAGUGGGAGCGAAUUUGCCCGGAGUAGAAAGUAUGAAUCAUGUCGGAUGCAUGACCUUAUGAGAGACUUGUGUUUGGCCAAGUCGAGAGAAGAAAAGUUUCUGGAGGUAAUUCAUCAUGGACUUGAAGAUGGUGCUUCUCCAUCAACUAAUUGUAACACUAGUAGUAUUCAUCGAGUCACGGUUUAUGUAUGGGGUGGAAAGGAUGAACGAGAAAUCGUUCCCUCUGAGUCCGAAUCAGCUAGGCGUCUUAUAAGGACAUUAGCUCUUCAUUAUGCUGGAGAACUGAUUCUCGAGUUGCCGAUGCCGAUGCCAGUUCUAACCAAAUUCGACAAGUUUAAGAUGUUAAGAUCUUUGAUUCUUGAUAAAGUCGCAUGUAUGUUCGAGUUUGCAAUAGGUAAGCUGAUUCAUUUGAGAUACCUUAAUUUGAGUAGUUCUUAUUUGAUCUUAUCUCCCGCGUCUAUGAACCGGCUUCAACACUUGGAAACUCUUGAUGUAAGCGGUUUGAACAUAGAGUGGACAAACAAAGAUGUACCCUUGAAGUUGACAAGGUUGAGGCAUCUGUAUUUGGAGAGUUCUUUAUUUAGGGAGGGGGCAGUGAGAAUGCAGAUCAUUGUCCCCAGUACAAUUGAGAUAAUUCGGCUCUACAAUGCCAUAAUGGAAGUUAGAAGUUUCUCAGAGGUCACCAAUCUUCGAGAACUAUAUGUGCUUCUGAAUGAUGAUCUUAAAGAUGUGGAAGAAACCAUCAAGUUCAUUUCAAACUCAAAUCUGCUAAGGGAAGCGACAUUCAAGUUUUCCAAAGCAGAAGCAGUGUUACCUCUUUUUGCACCACUGUUCAGUAGCAAUCUCCAAUACCUAUCCCUUUUCGGACCUCUGCAAAAUAUGCUCCCUAAACACCAUUCUCAGAUGCUUAGGAACCUCUCCCAACUUCACAUGUACCAUUCCGAGUUGCGCAAAGAUCCGAUGGAAACGCUGGAGAAGCUUCCCUGCUUGCAAAAACUUAUACUUGGGACUUAUUCCUUCGCUGGAGAAGAAAUGGUUUGUCAUUCCACAGGUUUCCCUGAGCUCCGCUAUCUGCUCUUUGAAGAUCUUCCUUUUUUCGAGAAGUGGACAGUGGAGGUAGGAGCUAUGCCCAAUCUUGCUUAUCUUCACAUGAACUACUGUGGCUUAACAUCUUUUCCAGAGGGAUUGUUGUCCAUUGCUACACUCAAAGACGUUGUGCUUGUGGACAUGAUUGCAGAAUUUAUGUCAGACUAUGCAUUGAAAUCCAAAACGCGAGAAAUCCAAGUGGCGUAAAAGGCCGCCUCUUUUUUUUUUUUUUUUGGAGGAGGAUGUCGUCUCGAGUUUGAAUCCUACCAGUAAAAAAAAAAAAAAAAAAAAAGUUGAGACUUGUUUCUAUGCUUCUCUAAUGCUAGAUAAUUAGUUAGGUCAAUGUAAUAAUGUAAGACACUAUAUAUAAUGUUUAUACCAUCUUCCCAUUUAUGUGUUGUGUGAAAAUUAUGGUUCAAGACCAUAUAUUGUAAAUAACAUGGUACUCCAAUGUAAAACUUGAGGCUUGCAUAGUAAACUUCAAGACCAACUUCAUCG